AUGAUAUCAACUGUGUCGAAUACAACAUCAUUUUCUUCACUAUUCGAUCAUCAACAAUUUUCUCAAUAUCCAUCAGAUUUUACAACAGAAACAUUUCCUAUUCUUCGAACAUUAUUAAAAUAUCUUCUUGAACUUCUUAUUGAAAUUGGUCAUGAUCAAAGUGAAUUACAUAUGAAUGAUAAUCAACAACGUCUUGUACAAUAUUUAUCUGUCUUAAUACAUUUUACACGUUAUGCACCGGAAAAAUGUUUAUUAUCUGAAAAUGAAUAUUUACAUACAUUAUGUCCAUUAAUAUCACAUCCAAAAUUAACUGAAGAUCAUACAAUAAAUAAUGGCAAUAAAUUAUUAAUAUUUAUUUUAUUACAACAAUUAUUAACAGAAAAAAUCUUUUUAACAAAUAUAUUAACAUAUGAACAUGAUUUUAAAUAA